AUAAUCCAGUUCGGUUCAGUUUUCGCAGUCAGUUCAGCAGCCACCAUGAUUGAGAAGAAACGUGAACCGUGAGAUUCCCGUUCGAUUGUGCGAUUCAGUAGUAAAUUUUACUCGAUCCUUGGAGGAUGAGCUGAAAGUCUCGGAGUGCAGCCAAGUGAGCGAACAACAUACGAUCAGCCAGAAACGUGCCAAACCGUGUUUUUGGGCAUCGUGCUGAACUUGGAUGUGGUGAAAAGUUUCACAAAUAUCCUGAAUUCUAGAAAACGAAGGCAGAGGAAGCACUUACUGAUAGCUGAUUACCUAUUAUCAAGCUGAUUGCUGAGGGGAUGAAUUCCGUGAUCGAUCGGUUGUAAUCGAUGGAAAAAUCUAGUGCAAGUGUGAGCUUUUGCUGGGCAAUCUACUGCUGAGUUUUCCGUUUGUUGUGAUUUGGAAGGAAAAAAAAGUGUCGAAUGAAUAGAAAAAAUAACGUGCACGGUGCUACGAGGGCUCUAGUCAGAGCCUACUAAAGUGAAAAGUUAUUCCAAUGAUCGUCUAUUGAUGGAUUACCCAAGAAGGCAAAUUAUUGUAGUGUGUUGUGGUGUGUUUCAGUUAUUUUUUAUUGACGGUGCAGUAGGCUGCAACCUCAAUCAAUUCAGUUGUCAACCCACGACGGUAGCAUAAUUGGAAAAACAAAAAUCUAGACAGCAGGCGAGAAGCAGUUUGAAUCACUGCUGCUGGAGCUCUUUACAGCCACGAUGGAUUCUCUGCGAAAAUGGCUGAACAAACCGAAGGCUGACGAUAAAUCACUGCUGGCGAGAUUCUAUCAUGCGGACCGUGCACUAACUGCAGUGGCCAGCGAACUGGACAGUUUCGAUGGGCGAGCAGAGCCCGUCCGUUGCACCCGGCUGGUCGGACGGUUGCGACAGGGACAGGACCGCGUGCUGGCCAUCACCAAUCAAAUCAUGGACGAACUACUGGGGGAAGACCGUGCUCCGCGCGCCUUCCGUGCCAAGUUUCCGGAGGAGGUCCUGCAGGAGAGUCUAGCCGGCCAGCUGUGGUUCGGUGCCGAAUGCCUGUCAGCCGGUUCCUCCAUCAUGAACCGGGAAAUGGAAAGUGUGAUGAUGCGUCCGCUCGCGAAGGCGGUCACCAAAAGUUUGGACAACGUGCGCAAUCUGUUGCGGGAGCAGUGCCUUCGGAACAACACACCGAACAGUUUGACGCUCCUGCUGGAUGUGAACGAUGCCGCCACGGAGCAGUUGUACGAGAGUUUGAAGAUUUUCGACCGAUUGUUUGCCGAGUUCGAGCUGCUGUACGUUAGUGCGAUGGUGCAGGUGAAGUCCAAGCAGGAAUACGAGAUGCAGGAGCUGAUCUGUGUGCUGUUCUCGGAGACGCUUCAGCGGGCGCUGAAAAUCGGUUUACUCGAGCAGGACCAGGUGGACUCCUACGACCCGGCGUUGAUGUUUUCGAUUCCGCGACUGGCCAUCGUCGCCGGGUUGGUGAUAUUUAGGGAGGGACCGUUGAACAUGGAUCAACCAGCGGAUAACAUUUCCGAGAUGUUUCGUCCCUUUCGGAAGUUGCUGAUCAAGAUGCGGGAUCUGCUGCGGACGCUGACCAAACACGAGCUGUAUCAGUUGGAGAAACUGCUCUGCACCAACGAAGAGAUCAGCCUGAAGGAGCAACUAACCUGUGAUGAAAAUGGAAAUGAUAACAGUCGGGCUUCGCCAAACGAAGACGAAGUCGUUAUCGUGACGACUAAUGUUCAUAAUAAUAAUAACAUUAAUAAUAAUAAUAAUAAUAGUAAUACUAAUAGGGAUAGUCAGGAUCCGCAAGGGGACAGUAGCUUUUAUGGUAACCGCAUUGUAGAUAGCAGUAAUCAAGUGCAGGAUGGAAAUACAAUUUCGGAACAUGAAAAUGACGAUGAGGAGGACGACGAUAGCAGCAUACUCAAGGACGGCCUUGUGACGUCGGAUUGCGCCUCAGGUUACCUGAUUCCUAACACCAAUUUCGGCAAUUUGCUGCAGACAAACGAAGCCCCUUUGACGGAUAGUUUUAUAGCAACUGACGACGAGCUGAAACCGGGAGUUUCUCCCCAUGCUCGGAUAGAACAGAUACUGUCGGAAACCAAUAAAAAAUUAGUGGACUCCGGUCUCGGUACGGCCAACUCUAGUUUGGACCAUUCGCCCGAAUUGGACACGGAACGAUCGGUGACCAGUGUACAGGAGAUGAGUGAAUCUUCCGACGAAGAAGAUGAAGUUGAUGAGUACGAGCGAAUGGAGGAAGACGAUGAUGAAGAGGACAGUGAGCAUACUUUGUCCAGUACGUAUCGGGCUGGUCAGCAGUUGGUCGAUCCGGGUACUAGUGCAGGUUUGACAACUGGCUCCGAAAAGCAUGACAGGCACCGACGACAUCGUAAGAGUGCAGCCACCGGUCGAAAACACUAUUCUAAACACAAGACAAGCACAGCUCCUCCUGCUACCACCGUAGGUCAAGGCAGUUCAGCUUAUUCCAGCUCCGACACAUCACCGUCGUCGGGUCAUCCGAGCGAAUGCAGCAGCAGCAGUAGCAGUAGUAAUGGUGGAAACAGUGCCGGCGAUGAAACCACUCAGGAAGUGGCCCUUGCCAUUCGAACAGCCGGACGGGUAAAGUUUAAGACUACCGAGAACCUCCUGCACCGUCUGUUUGUGUGCAUUGCCGGUGUCGCCGAUCAGCUGCAGACCAAUUUCGCUGCCGAUCUGCGGCAAAUGCUGAAGAGUGUAUUUAUCAUCAAUUCAUCGCCUCCGGAGCCGGAAACACCGCCGGAACCGGUUACCGAGUCUGCCGAUAAGUCGAAAGAAUCCGAUCCGGCGGAUAUGUUCGAGUUUCGUGCCAGCGAGCAGGACGUUAUUACGCCGGGCCAGAACAGUGGCGGUUCGAGUCAGAGCAUUUAUUCGGCCGAGGAAGUCAAUGUCGAAGAUUCGCAAGACUCGGUUUUCGGAACACCCGGAUCAUCACCCGUUCGGGCAUCGUCUGCUCCGCGAACCAUGAUGACUUCGACGGAAAAUGGAAGUGUUACGGUGAAUGUGUCCGUUUCGGUGGUCACGGGAGGCAGUUCCGGUUCCAGUCGGAGUUCGCAGGAAAGAAGUGUUAGUCUGAGUGAAGCGUCGAUCGUAUUGGAGGGUAGCGGCGGUGGAACCGUCGCCACGAAUCUAAGGGACAGCCACCGGAGGCACAGUGCGAUCGGAUCCAAGGGGGAGUACGUGAGAAGUCGGUCGAGUCCGAAUAGCCCCCUGAACGGAUCGUCUCCGAUCGAAGAGCAGCAACGACGAAUGCCGGAAGCACCUCCACGGUGGAUUCCGGAUGGUGAUGCCCCGCGUUGUAUGGCCUGUGCUUCGUCAUUUACUCCCUUCCGGCGGCGCCAUCAUUGCCGAAACUGCGGCGGAGUGUUCUGUGGGGUUUGUUCCAGCACGACCGCACCACUGCCAAAGUACGGACUGACCAAGGCGGUACGGGUCUGCCGGGAGUGCUUCGUUCGCGAGGUGGGCGUUUGAAAUUUCUGUGUACGAUUCGUUUUAGUGGUUUAGUGUGUUACGGUUUUUUCGUGUUUUUGUUUUUCCGUAUGUGACCAUUAUUUAAUACGACAAAAAGAUGUUUUUGCUGUAGAAACAAUUUUUUAUUUAACUUGUUCACGCUAGAAGAAAAUAGAGUUAUUCAAGAAGCUUAGCUCACUGGUUUAUGGUUUUAUGAUUUACCUGUUUUAUCUUCUUAAGAUGUUCACGGCAACCGUGCAUUACUUUCUCCCGUUUCCCGUUCCCGUGUCCCAGUGUAACAUCAGCGAGCAAAGUAUUUACCGUUUUUUUGCUACAAUGCUGAGAAAAUGUUCCAACUACAAAAAAAAACGAUCAAUAAAAACAAUUUCAUUAGCCAAUUUUAUUACGAUUUUUUUGAUAAAGUUUUACCGUACAACGUAGCAAAACUCUAAUCGUUUACCGUUUACUCGACUGUAACUAACUAAUAGGUAUCUCCUGGCCAGCGUUCGUCCUUCAAUGUGUCUAUUCCAUUUUAUUUCGAACUAUAGUAUAAAGGUUAAACGACAAACAUUCCCUUCAUAAAUGCUUGAAACUAGAAACGAAAGACUUGAGUCUAUCCAUGCAUCAGACGGUUCAAAAUUGGAGAAAUUUCCCAAAAACGAAUUACCUAACGGCGCACGAUAAAGGACGGAUCUGGUACCACGUAAAAAAAGAGGAGGUUAUCAAUUCUAUAGUAGCUUAAAUUCUUUUCUGUUUUUGAGUGUUGUACAGUAGCGUAAAUUUUUGUUUUCGUUCUUACUGUGCGCACUGUGCUAAAACCAUCCAAUAGUCAACUUUUUAACGCGUAUAUUAAAGCUAGGCUAAAUCAGCGACAUUCGACAUUCAGUUCUCUAUCCAAUUACUAUUGCACUUUUAUAAAAAAAAAGAAAAAAAGAUUAAAUCGAGAGGAAAUCCCAAUAUAAACGCAGUAUCACAAGUUAAAUGAAGCACAUUUCAUAACGUAGAAGACAAAAAAAACUAUAUGAAACGUCAUAAACUCUUUUUUUUUUCUAAGAAAAAUCUUACGGCAAAGAAAAAAAGCUAAAAAAAACAUUUGAAAAAUCAAUUGGAGUGAUAUCUUUUUUACAAAGAAAAUUAAUUCUAUUGGAAAUCGGAGAAAUAUAUUAUACAACAAUUCACGAAAAAUCCUGUAAUAAUUGAAUCGAUUUUUUUUGUGAAUACCGUACUGCUAAGAUUACGCUAGUUGACCGCUAGUUUUCUAAACGAGAAAACGAAGCACACACACAGAGAUACAAAAUAAAACGGAAGAAAAGCAAAGGAAAAAAAAAAACUAAAUACAUCAAACAAUAAUGCUAUGAAGUUAAGUUGAGAAAAAAGUCACAUACAUGCAGUUAAAACCACAUAUGCUCGUUACAGCAGGAACCAGGAGAUGAUCCGAAAAUAUAAGUCAAGAUUUUAAAUGUUGUGAAUAUUGUAUAAACUAAAGGUAAUCGAGAAUUCGCUGAAUUUAUUAUAA